UCUUAUUGGUUGUUCUGUAGGUGCGAUUGCUUAAAAACACAAAUCCUUUUCCUAAACUUUGCAGAAGUGCUCUGUCCUCUCCUCAACUGCAAUGAAGACUAUUGUGUUCAUUCUGCUGCUUGUGGCUGUGGGUUUCAGCUCAGGUGACAAAAUCAUUGGAGGUUAUGAAUGUUCGCCCCACUCCCAGCCCUGGCAAGUGAACCUCAAUGAUGGGAGAAUACCAUGUGGAGGAUCUUUGAUUAAUAAAAGAUGGGUUGUGUCUGCUGCUCACUGCACAUUCUCACGUGAUAGUCUCCGCAUCCAACUGGGAAAGCACAAUUUGUUGGUUGGUGAAAACACAGAGCAGCAGAUCGAGGCAGAGAAGAUCAUUCCUUACCCGAGAUAUGAUAAUCGGACUUAUGACAAUGAUGUCAUGCUGAUCAAGCUGAAAAAACCUGCCAUCCUCAACAAGUACGUGAAGUUAAUCCCUCUGACCAAGAGCUGCUCUUCUGAAGGGAUGAAUUGCUUGGUUUCUGGAUGGGGCAGAACUGCAGAUGGCCCUGCUUCUACCCUGCAGUGUUUGGAUUUGCCUGUACUCUCAAAGAAGACGUGUACGGAUGCGUACGGUAGCAUAAUAACUAAAAACAUGUUCUGCGCCGGAUUCAUGAAGGGAGGGAAAGACUCAUGUCAGGGGGAUUCUGGUGGCCCUGUGGUGUGCAACGGGAAACUGCAAGGUGUUGUUUCCUUUGGCAGAGGCUGUGCUCGACCACGUUAUCCUGGGGUGUAUGUUGAGUUGUGCCGCUACAAUAGCUGGAUCAAACGUACCAUUGCUACUAACUAACUGCUUGUUCAGCCUGGUCCUUUACCAGUUCAUUAUUCCAGUUACCUGUAUUAAAAAUUAAGCAUGAGAUGUG